GAUGGGGAGGAGAGAAGAGGAUAGUAGGCAGGAUCCCAUUCCAAGUCGUUCCCUCCAAGUCUCAUAUAUCCAUUACUCUAUAACACCCACCAUCCUAGUCCUCUAGUCACCAAGCACAACACGCACUCUCCUUCAAGCCUCCAAUGGACUUCUCAAAGCUCUUGUUCUCUUUCCUUCUCUCCCAGACUCUCCUUCCUCUUCUCCUUGCAAUGACUGCAGCACAAAACUCGAACCUCUUUCGAGAAUACAUCGGAGCUCAGGGGAGGGCCGUCGAGUUCACUGACGUUCCCAUCUACCCCAACAUCGACUUCCACUUCAUCCUUGCCUUCGCCAUAGACUACACCACAUCGACGUCGCCUUCCCCCACCGACGGUCAGUUCUCCUCCUUCUGGGACACCGCCAGCCUCACCCCCUCCGAUGUCACCUCCAUCAAACGGAACCAUGGCAACGUGAAGGUUGCUCUCAGCCUUGGAGGGUCCAGCGUCGCCGACACCAUCCCUGCCACCUUCCAUCCUGCCUCUGUAGACUCUUGGGUCGGUAAUGCUGUGUCCUCGCUGACCACUCUCAUCAAACGAUACAAUCUCGACGGCAUCGAUAUCAACUACGAGCACUUCAUCAUCGGCGCCAACCAGGACAUGUUUGCCGAGUGCAUCGGACAGCUGCUGACAACACUAAAGAGAAAUAAGGUGAUCGAGUUUUCUUCAAUAGCUAUGUAUGAUGAUGAACCGCUCCAGAGCUACUACAGGGCUUUGUGGAGCAAUUACUCACAGCUUAUAGAUUACGUGAACUUCGAAUUCUAUGCAUACCCUGCCGGCACGAUGGUGUCGCAAUUUCUAGGCUAUUAUGAGACCCAGAGAACAAAUUAUAGAGGAGGGAAGGUGUUGGCCAGUUUCAUUUCUGAUGGGAGUAAAGGAUUGACACCUGCAAAUGGCUUCUUUGAUGCCUGUAAGACUCUUCAGAAGCAGGGGAAGCUCCCAGGGAUCUUUGUAUGGUCUGCUGAUGACUCCAAGAGCAAUGGAUUCCAGUAUGAGAAGACGGCGCAGAGUCUGUUAUCCAUGUCUACGGAAACGCCGAGUCCAUCCGCGCCAAAUCAGUCGAGUCAUGGUUAUUCGAACGCCAUGAAGCACUGGUGGCCAAUCUGGUCGUUCGUAGCGCUGGUGGCAGCGGUAGUUUGAGAAUUUCCGCAGCUAUGGGUAGUGGAAUUUAGCCAGUUUAUCAGUCCUAUCAAUAGAGGGUCCAGGUAUAUUUCUUUUAUGAAGAGAGCUAUUUCUAUCAACUCCAUUUAUCCAAUAUAGAUAAAAAAUGAGAAGUAUUCCAU